AUGAAUACGGCUUGUAGAGCAAAUACAGAGUUGCCUCACUGUGUGACGAGUCAGUUUAACCCGGGCUCGCUCAAGACUCGUAAAGGCAGUUCAUUUAAAGGUUUUUUGCAUUUCUUGCCCAGUAAUUGCAAGAAAGGAGUGCAAAACAAAAUGGGGAGUAAGAAAAAUGGUGUCGUACUUUCGGCUUCGAGCAAUACUAAGAACCAUGUCCACACUGCUGGGGAAGAAGACAAAGACGAGGCGCUUACGUACAAGGAUGCUGGCGUCGACAUUGAUGCUGGUUCAGAACUUGUUAGGAGGAUUGCAAAAAUGGCUCCUGGGAUUGGAGGCUUUGGAGGGCUCUUCCCUCUGGGAGAUUCUUAUCUAGUCGCUGGCACUGAUGGAGUUGGGACCAAACUCAAGCUAGCUUUCGAGACUGGAAUCCACGAUACUAUCGGCAUUGAUUUGGUUGCAAUGAGCGUUAAUGACAUUGUGACUUCUGGGGCAAAGCCUCUGUUUUUCCUCGAUUACUUCGCCACAAGCCGACUUGAUGUCGAUCUAGCAGAAAAGGUCAUCAAAGGCAUAGUUGAUGGUUGCCAACAAUCUGAUUGUGUUCUUCUUGGUGGAGAGACAGCUGAGAUGCCCGAUUUUUAUGCGGAAGGUGAGUAUGAUCUGAGCGGUUUUGCUGUCGGCAUCGUGAAAAAGGACUCGGUCAUUGACGGGAAAAACAUAGAGGUCGGGGACAUCCUAAUAGGUCUUCCCUCCAGUGGGGUCCACUCGAAUGGGUUCUCUCUUGUCAGAAGGGUUCUCGAACGAAGUGGUCUCUCUUUGAAAGAAAAUUUGCCCGGUUCAUCUGUUACGCUAGGUCAAGCUCUAAUGGCACCCACAGUUAUAUAUGUUAAGCAGGUUCUUGAAAUCAUCAGCAAAGGUGGGGUGAAAGGGAUUGCUCACAUCACAGGCGGUGGUUUUACCGAUAAUAUACCGCGCGUUUUCCCAAAGGGCCUCGGAGCCCUCAUAUACGAGGACUCGUGGGCCGUUCCCCCUGUUUUCAAGUGGAUUCAAGAGGCUGGGAACAUAGAAGAUUCGGAAAUGAGGCGGACGUUUAAUAUGGGUGUUGGAAUGGUGUUGGUGGUGAAGGAAGAAGCGGCCUUACGAAUACUCGGUGAUGACCUUUUGAAAAAAUCAGCCUUCCGUAUAGGCGAGGUCGUAUGUGGUGAAGGUGUGAGUUAUCGAUAA